AUGGCCAAUGCCGCCGAGGACCGCCUGAAGGAACGCGUCCGACGUCUCGAGUUCAAGCUGGCAGAUGCGGAGUCCUGGAACGACAAGAUGAGUGAAGCAAUGCAGAAGCUCUUGCAGACGCAGGCCGGACUGGAGCAGUCCGUGGAGUCUUUGGAGACGCAGUGUGCAGUGCUCCGGCAUCAGACGAGUGCAGCGGAAUCCUGUAAGGAUCAGAUUGAAGGAUGGCUGGAGAGCCAAAGGAUGGCCCAGGAGUCGACGAUCGAGCAGCUGCGAGCAGAGAAUGUGAAGUUGCAGAGGGAGAACGCCACGCUUGCGGAGCAAGCCCAGCUGCAACGGCAGCGUGCUGACAGGCUGCACCAGGAGAAUGACCAACUUCGAGGCCAGGGAGGCUACCCCGAGAUGCUCCCCGAUGGGCUUGCGGCAGAUUGCGAUGCUUGCAGUGAUGCUUCGUGGGUUUGUGUCCUGAGCAGUGACCGCAACAUCUUUGCGGCUGGGACGAUGCUGAAGGCCAAGGUCGGACAGGCGUUUGAGUACCUGCAGGCCAAGGACCUACAGAAGGGAGCCCAGAUAUUGGCCUCUGACGACCAGUCUUUGCUGGAGGUGCUCGACACCCCAGAGGCCCAGAGAUCUGUGGAGCUCAUCGAACUGUGGACGGAGGAUCGUAGCAAUGCUGCUGCUUGCUUUCCUGUGCGUCGCACCCAGUCUAUGCAUGUUGCAAUGAACAUUCUCGGCCUCAACACGCUGCAUAGCGGCUAUUCGUUUCUGAAGCGAGCACCGUGGUGCGAGUACGUGUUUGCCAAUGGCUCGCUGGAGGACGCGAUGGCCACUUUAGAGGGCUAUGAUGCUGCGAUGGACGAGCCCUUCCAACUCGUCUACGAGGAGAUAAUGCGGGCCUUCCCGAAGACAAAGUUUGUCUUGACAAUCUCGGACCCCGAACGCUGGUACGAGAGCUAUACUGAGCUGAUUGCAGGUAUGGCUGAGACUAGCAAUCGAACCCACGGCCGCAAUCUCCGAUCUGGCUUUCGCGCUUGGCUCGACAGCGAUCUGAUGACAAGGUGCACAGCCGCGCGUUACUGGGGCUGCGACUUUGGCAACGAGACCGGAGAGGACACGAAAAAGCAGUGUCUGGAGGCUUACCAGCAGCACAACGAGCGGGUGCAGCAAGUCAUCCCCGCUGACCGGCUCCUUGUGUCUUUUUGCUGCAAUCCUGCAUCAGGUGGUUUUGGGUUCAGGUACAACUUUACCGACGGCUGGGCACCGCUGGCGCACUUCCUGGGCAAGCCCAUCCCGGACGUGGAGUUUCCACACGUUGAUCUGCCUGGCCUCAUCUUUGAACAUCACGAGCCUGAGCCAUCCGAGCCCGUCUCGAUGCUUAGCGUUGCGCGCCAGCAGCUGCUCCUGUUUGUGCCCGAAUCGGGAGACCCACUGCAGGAGGAAGCCGCCUCACUUGCGCAAGCGUGUUUGGCCGAGACAUUGCAUCCAGGUGAUUGGAUCAAAGUGAACGGCCGCUUCUCUCGACUGACGCGUGUGGAGGUCCGAGCUCUCGAAGAGGUGGAACAUGUCCAGUUUGAUCUGAGCCCAAGCCUCCCAGCUGCUACCUUCUCCCUCGCCUUGAGGGAGAAGGACCCUUUUGUUGCUGCCGUUUGA